CGGAAUUCCCCGUCACGUGACCACAGGAAGCCGACAGCUGAUGACUGCGGAAGCGCAACACAAACACCGACGCGAUGAGCGACGCGGACAGCGAGCGUAUGGACAGUUUGGACGGAUGGGUCGCGGUUAAACGCGACGCCUUCGACGACAGCGAGAGCCACAAACUCAGAUUCAUCGUGGAAUGGAACGAGAUCGAGACUAAGUUCGCGGUGACGUGUCAUAACCGGACGCUGCAGCGGCGCGGCGACGCGAGCGGCAGCUGCGCGGGUCUGUUCUCCGGCGCGCAGUUGUGCGGCAUUGGAGCGCAUCUGAGCGGCGUCCGCGACGAGCUCGGCCCGCUGUUCCCCGACCUGACGCGCUUCCGCGAGCCGAGCCUGUGGGAGCUGCUGUUCUCCAGCGCGCCGCGGAGCGAUGCUGACGCGGCCUGCAGGCAGCUGGAGCAGUACUUCGGCGCCGCGGUGGACGCGUGCGGACGCAAGAUCGUGCUGGACGCGCUCUUCAGCGUCACUGCGGAGGACGAGCGCGAGUACUUCGAGAACCUGCAGGAGUUUAAAUGCAGAGCGAUGCGCGACGAGAUUACGCGCGCCAAAGACGCGCUGCGAGCGCUGCUGCAGACUCAUCCCAGCACUGAUGGGCUCCAGCGGCUGAUGAAGAUCUACGAGGAGGAAGAUGAGACCUACAGUGAGUUAGAGAGUGUGGCGACAAAGUUCUACCAGAACCUUCUGCAGCCGUUCAGAGACAUGCGAGAGAUCGCCACGCUCUACAAGACCGAGAUUCUGAAAUGUCUUCAGUACGAGGAGCUGGGGCCGAAGCGUGUGAGCGAACUACAGGCAGAGAUGAACGAGUGGAAUCAACGCGGAGAAAAAGCUGUUCACUCCAUACAGGACAUCACAGCCGACUACUUCAGAGACACGUCCAGAGCGCUCACAGGUAUGGUGAAACAGAUGGAACAAGAUCAGAAGAGAUUUGGCUCCGCCUCUUGGGCAAUGGCCACGCCCAGGCAAGAGAAACUCAGAGUCCUAUUGGCUAAAGAGACGCUGCAGUACAUGAGAGCGAAAGAGAUGUGCAUCAAACGCAAGAGAAAUGAGAUCAGACAGAAGAUGCGUGGCGUGGCGGUGGGUGGCUCGGAGGCUGUGGGUGUCGUCCGUGAGCUGGAGCUGCAGUAUUACGAGACACAGCUGGAGCUUCACGACUGCAGGUUUGAGAUCCUGAGAAACGAAGAGCUGCUGCUGCUGACACAGAUCAAGAGCACACAGCGACAGAUCAGAGAGCUGCAGGAGCAGGUGGUGUAUUAUGACACCUGUGAGGACCCCGAGGAGCUGCAGGAUGUUCAGGUGGAUGUAAGUCCCGCCCACUCGCACCUGCAGCAGCACCUGAAACAACUGGAGAGUAAAAGAGGAGCGAUUUCAUCACGCAGAGCUUACCUGAGGAACCAGCGGGAGUUGUGUGUUCAGGCUCAUGAGCAGCAGCAGAGUUCAGUCGUGCAGAGAUCGCAGCAGAUCCGCCAACAUCACACCGCGCAGCUGAAGCGAGAGAAGAGGAGAGCUGAGGAAGAGCAGAUGAAGCAGUGGGUGGAGAACGAGAGAGCGAAGACACUCAACAGAGUGCGCAGCUUCAGAGAGAGGCAUCAGGGUCAGUACGCUUUACAGACGGCUGUGAAGCCAGUGUCACAUGACUCCAGCAGAGACGACUCCUCCCAGCCCCUGUCAAUCAUCAGCCUGGGGCCGCAGAGCUCCACCCCCCACAGAAAGAGGCGGAGUCAAACACAGCGAGACAUACCGGUGCAGAUUCUGCUGCCGCCUGGAUCGGGAUCGGCAUCAGUUCAGCCAGACCAGACGCCUCCUGCUCCUCCUAACCCUCCUCCUCUUCUUCCUCCUCCUCCUCCACCUCCUCCACCUCCUGCUCCUGCUCCACCCAUCAGUGCGAAGCUGCCCGUCCGAAACACUCUAGAGCAGAACUCAGGAUCGAUGGACGAGCUGUUGGCGUCGCUGCAGCGUGGACAGAAACAGCUGCGGAAGGUCACGGUCAGCGCAGAGAGCGGUGAUGUCAGGAACAGCCUGAUGUCAGCCAUCCGUCAGGGCGUGGCCCUGAAGAAAGUCCCGCCCUCCAGUGGCCCCUUGCACAGCACAGACUCGGAGCUCGAGCGCAGCAUCAAAGCUGCCAUGAUGAGGAUGAAGAAGGUGUCUAACGACUCUGAUGAUGAAGGACCAUCAGACACACCGUCUGGAGACUGGGAGAAUUAAACGUGACCAUCUAAGAUUCACAAACACUGCUGCUGGAAAAUGUCGUUUCAGUUGCCAUUUCAGAUUGUCAUAGCUAACUUUGCCUAACUUUGGGUUUUUGCACUGAUAUGUCUUGUCGUAGAAAUAUAUAAAUAAUUUUCCAUGAAAAUAUAGCCAAUUACACUAAACAUUAGAAAUGUGUGAAUAACAUCUGUGACUCUGAUUUGAUCUGUUAACACUUUCAUUAAAGUGCCUGAUCAAGAUUGUA